GUGCCUGGGCUCAUCACCCUGGCAGCGCGGGCAGGCCCCAUCAUCAUCUCUGUGCUGCGGCGCCUGGGCGAGCAGGCAGAGGCAGCGCUGAGCGCGCACAACGCCCCUGUGCCGGGGCCACUGCGCCCCAACUGGCGCAGCGAGGGGGACGAGGAUGGCGGCGAUGUGGCGAUGCGGGAUUUCAGCGCGGGAAGCAGUGGGGAGGGGGGGCUGAGGCAACGAGGGAGCAGGCGGGAGGGAGAGGGCAGGUGA